AUGUCGACUUUCAGGAAUAUCAUCCCAAGCUGGAACAAGGACUGCACUAAACAGGUCUACGUUCGGCCUCCGCCCUGGUCCGACAGUCUGCCCACCAUCUACGCCAUCACGCCUACAUACAAAAGAUUAGUGCAGAAAGCGGACCUGACACGCAUGUCCAAUACUCUGCUCCAUGUGGCCAACCUGCACUGGAUCGUGGUCGAAGACUCUGAAAACAAGACCAGUUUAGUUGGAGACCUCCUCAGAAAAACAGGGCUGAAGUAUACCCACCUCAACGUGCAUGAAACUGAGAACAUUACUUCCAGAGGCAGCAGGCAGAGAAACCUGGCUUUGAAGUGGCUACGGGACAAUUUCAGCGUAAAUGACAGCAAUGAAGGCGUGGUCUACUUUGCAGAUGAUGACAACACAUACAGUCUGGAGCUGUUCGACGAGAUGCGCUACACUAAAAAAGUCUCCGUGUGGCCGGUGGGCUUCACAGGUGAAAUGCGCUUCGCGUCCUGCAAAGUCAAUGAAUUGGGGAAAGUGUCCGGCUGGGUUGUUGUGUUUGCCCCAAAUCGACGCUUUGCCAUCGACAUGGCAGGAUUUGCAAUAAACCUGAAGCUGAUUUUGUCCAAAUCAGACGUUAACUUCAGACUGUUUAAUGUAUCACGGGGAAAACAGGAGACCACGUUUUUACAGCGUCUGGUCACUCUCAGCGACCUGGAGCCGAAAGCCGCGAACUGCACCAAGGUUUUAGUCUGGCACACUCGCACUUCAGAGCCACCUAAUAUUCAAUCUUUGGGAGACCCCAACAUUGAGUCAUGA